AUGAAGGAAAAGCUGCGCAUAUCAUAUAUGCAAAGAAAGGAGUUGGAUGAGGAGUUUACUGAAUUUCAGGAGAGGCAAGAAAGGAUUCUUAAUUUCAUCGAAGAGAAAAUGCUAAAAUUUAAUGAACUUGAAACUGAGGAGGAUGAGGAGAUUGAGGAGCAGGAGGAGGAUGAGGAGGAGAAGGAGGAUGACAAGGUUGGGGAGGAGCACAAAGAAGAUGAGGAUAUUGAGGAGGAGGAGGAGCAGGAGGAUCACAAUGAAGAUGGUGAUAUGCAUGAUGAUGAUGAUGAUGAAAAUGACAAGGAGGGUAGCAAAGGUGGUGAUAUUCAUGAUGAUGAUGAUGAUGAUGAGCAGGGUGGCAAAGGUGGUGAUAUGCAUGGUGAUUACAAUAACAAGGAGGGUAGCAAGGGUGGUGAUAUGCAUGAUGAUUAUGAUGAGCAGGGUAGAAAAGGUGGUGAUAUGCAUGGUGAUGACAAUGACAAAGAGGGUAGAAAAGGUGGUGAUGACGAGCAUGGAACUGAAUCUGAAAAUAUUGAAGAGCAUGGAACUGAAUCUGAAAAGAAUGAAGUUCCGUCUGAAACUCCUGAAAAGCGAAGCACUCCUCUGUCAAAGACAAAUGAAGAGAAGGAUGGCAAGGAUGGAACAAGGCAAGAGACAGCUGAAAUCACUGAAGAUCAAGAAGACCAGAAUAUGAUGGAUGCCACUCAAACUGCUGAAAUUGAUGAAGCUACGAUAAUCGCAGCUCAAGCCGUAUCUCAUCUGGACCCUAAAGGCAUGUUUCCGGUUGAAGAAGAUGUCCUUUUACUCACACAGGGAGAAGAGCCAGAUAAAGAGACUUAUACUUCAAUUGAUGACCUUAUAGACAAAUUGUCUGAAACUGUGUUCGUAAAGCUUGAAAAAGGUUGUUACAGAAUAGCACCAUCUGAACUCUGUAGCAUGAGAACUAACAAAACUCGAAGAUCCAACAGUCAGGGAACAAAUUCUGAUUAUGGGAAAACAUUUCUCAGAGAUAGCUUUCCUCAUCCAGAUGAUCAAGAGUACAUGAGAUGUGAAAUAAUGAGUCCUACUGCAUGUUACUAUGUGAAGAACAAUAUCACCAAGAUGGUACAAGAUCUUAUGGUUGAUUUCAUGCGGUACAUGCCUGACAAUCUGGAAGUUCUUUGUGAAGAAGACAAAGAGUAUCGAAAGAGAUCAGCAGAGGGCCGAAGACAUUUGUCAGGAAAUGAGAGCAAAAUUGGUGGCCAAUAUGCUGAAAAAUUCGGAGUGUAUGAAAAGGUGUGGGAUAUAGCGAAGGAUGAACAUCACAAGGAGUGGCGCCUGAGUAAAGAGAUGAAACCAUUGAAGAGGAAGAGGAGUUCUUAA